AUGUCCUAUAACAUAAAGAAAAAGGAGGAAAUAGUCGAGCCAGUGCAAGAGGAGCCAAACCCGCUGAUGAGGAAGAAGAAAACGCCCGAAGAACUCGCGCGAGAGGCGGAAGAAGCGGAUGAAGACGAGUUCACAAAACUGAAGAACACAAUAGAAACGCAAGUAAGCGAACUGAGGUCUCAAAUAGAAAGUAAAUGCGUUAUGCAAUGAAUCCGGGGAAUACCACAAGGUACACACUGCGGGCCACUCGUCACCUACACACACACUUUAGUUGGUUGUACUACUGAUGAAAGUACUGUUGAUAGUACUGUUGCCCCCACCAUCAUCGUAAACAGUUUUGUAGAUAUACAUAUAUAUGUGUACGUAGCAGUAUUCAGUCAUAUUUGCCCUGUAAGUGCCAUUUUUUGAAAUGUGUUUCGGCCGACGCCGUCCGGUGGAAUUUCCGAAAUUGGGCUGGUCUAAUUCGAAUUUUCAAGUAUUUACUCGUUUUAUAAAUGGUGAGUUGUUGUGAUAGAAAGGACUCGUCGUUUUUGAAUCCAAGAUAAUUUUGAAAGUUUUGAAUAUUUUUAAAAUAUUAAAAAUUUUGAAAAUUUUGAAAAUAUUGAAAAUUUUUAAAAUUUUGAAAACUGAAAAUUUUGGAAAUAUUGGAAAUUUCGAGAAUAUUUUUGAUAUUGAAAAUUUUUAAUAUUUUAGAAACUGAUUAUGGC